CGCGCGUUCCUCUCGCAGACGAAGCUGAGUGCUCAUAAAGGGAGAGUUGCUCGUGUUCUUGGCAUUGUCAACGUAUACAAUUUGUUGUGAACCGCCCGUGUGAGCGCAAAACUCUUGGAUUACACACCAUGGCUACCGGAGUUCUAGUGAGCUACCCCGCGUCGGCACUUCACGAGUCGCAUUCUGCUGCGUUCAAGCACAAAAAAGAUCUUUGCAUCCGUCACUCGAAGUCCGACCCAACGUUAGCCACGCUAUCCAGGACAUCGUAUCUCUGCUGUCAGGAGAGUGACCUCCAAGUCUGGGAGAGCAUAGAGAACCUUGCCAUCCAGGCUGAUGCUGUCCUCACCCUUGAGGACCUCAAGCUCCAGUACAACUCAUGUUUCACGUGUGGUGUGAGCUGGUAUGAGGACCACGUCUCCUUGGACUGUUCAGAAUGCGGAGGGUACGCCAUGCAGCGCCCCUGCCUCGCGUGCGGUGGCCGCUGCAACGGGAUCUGGAGCAGGAAUCUCGCAGCUUCCCACGAGCACCGUCGCGCACAAUGGGAAGGCGAGUGCCUGCUCAAGUCCCGCGAUGCCAACUCUGGGAAGCCUGUCAAGGAUGCGUUAUGAGGGGUGGCCUGGGAUAGCGCGCCCUCCAAAGUCCACUGUACAUAACCACUCAAGCGGAACCUCCGUCCCGCACCUGUACAUUUCACGUCCUCGCGGGCUGCCUUCUUCCUAGCCUUUGACUGGAAACAUUCAAUGGAACAUUCCGUUGGUGCAUACGGCAGCCAAGCUGUAUAUAUAUGGAAGCAUGUGAAACUUUUGAGUGUUUUUUGUGUUGUACAAUACAGUGUUUUGUGUAAUGCACUGCUUAAUGCUUCUUUUAGCAACGAGUCUUCUAUUUUUUUUUUUUUUUUGAGUAAAUUUUGAAUAUGGAGCAUGACAUUGAAACAUGUUUGGUUUCUCCACCCUUUUAAAGUUCCUGACACCUGCUGAAUGCAGUUGUACCACAUACUUGUAAUUGCUGUUUAUGAAAGUUCUCAAAACUUGAUUUGAGACUCGGCAUAGUCACCGGCAGUGUCGUGUUGUGUUUCGUGUCCUUCCUUUGGGGUUUGACUCCUUCCAGCCGGCUUGCUGGACAGGGGAUUGUAUUCACCCCCACCAGGGGGAGUGAUCAAAAACAGUGCCUUUCACCUGCCGUGGAUCUAUUUUUGUAGAAGCCUAUGCCUCGAAAGGAAGUCUUUCUGGUUGAGUUUACCCAAAGGAUAGCCCAAUGAUGUGUGGUGCUCGUUUUGUCACAAACUUUCACCAUGGCUGUACUGUGUCUUAUUUAUUGAACAUCAAUGUCGAGUGUACUUCUUUUUUUCUAAAAAUCAAUAAACAUUACCAUGUACAUUUCUCAACAUA